GUGGAGGUAACGGGAUAUGGACAGACAAAAGCGGUGAACAGAAGGCACAACCAAAUGCGAACCUGAAGGUAGGAAACAUGAGCGAAAGAAUCAAGGCUGUCGUGCUAACGUAAGGCAACUUUGCACACAAACAGAUACGAUACACGACGCCGACCGGUUGACAGUUUUAGUAACUCCGUCGUGUCCGGUCGUGUUCGGGUCUGGUCGUCUUACAUCAUCGUCAGCCCAGUUCGUGUACUUUGGGGUACGAUGCGCAACGUUACUCAAACUAAAACUCCAUCUCUUUGCAAAAGAUGAUCGGCCAAAUCCCUCCAGCCCUGAUUGGAACUUUCGGUCACCUGCCUUCACGUAUCGGCGCCUUCCCUCUAUUGCCUCCCGGAUUAGAAACGCGCAGCCGCGUUCCGCAACCCAGCGAUACGGCGGCGGCUGAGCCGCAUUCCUGGGAGUCUCUGGGAAGUGGGUGA